ACGUUAAGAUUCACGAAUAUUUUGAACCUUCUAUGGUGCAGAUGAUACAGGUAAUCUUUAUAAGAAAGAAAUAUUCGAUAUUUCAUGAAUGGGAAUUAAAAAUAAAAGUGCCGACUUGGUCACUGCUAAUGGA